GCGUGGGUGGGAAAGCUCUCGGCGCCGAGGGCGUCUCUGCGUACUGGUUAAAUGGGAGGUGGUGCUGAUGACCGAGGGCUGGGGUUUGCUGCUGGGGGCCUUGGCAGGGGUCAGGCUGGCUCUGCCUCAGUGGACCACUCUCAUCGGGAGAGAGAGACUGAGAAGACCACAGAUAGACUAGGCAACAGAGCACAAAGCGUCUCUAAUGAUAGUCCUGCGGGUGCUGAGGACGCCCAUUCAGAAGAGGAAGGCUUUGCUGUGGAUGAUGAGGAUUCUGAUGGGGAGCCCAGUACAUGGGAGCUGUCAGAAGGGGUCUCCAGCCGCCCGCCCAAGGAACAGGCCGCUGACCUUUUUACUGAGGACUGGGACCUGGAGUUGAAAGCAGAUCAAGGGAAUCCUUAUGAUGCCGAGGACAUCCAGGGCUGCAUUUCUCAAGAGGUCAAACCUUGGGUAUGCUGUGCCCCACAAGGAGACAUGAUCUAUGACCCCAGUUGGCACCAUCCACCUCCACUGAUACCCCAUUAUUCCAAGAUGGUCUUUGAAACAGGACAGUUUGAUGAUGCGGAAGACUGAGUGUACAGCCUUUUGCCUGGUUGGUGGGUAGGUGCGCCCUCUGGUCCAAGGUCUUUUCCUUUCUUUGUGGUGCGAAGUCAUAUCUGAGGAAACAUUCCCAGUGAUCCCAGAGUUGGGUACACACUCUGUGUUAAAUAAGGCACCACUGUCCCCCUUUCUGUUGUUGUUGUUUUUAAUGAGCUCCUCCUGAAGUGUGUGAGUCUGUGUCUGUGUCAGGAGAAGUUGUGUUCUUUAUAAAUAAAGGUGGAAAAAACCAGCUUUUUUUGUCUACCUUCCCUCCCCCCCUUAAUUAGAUACUUCUGAGCAAAGCCUUACUCCUUCAUUUAAAAUGCCUGACUUGCAUUUUAAGGAUCAGGUACUUGAAGACUUAAAAAGUACUCUGUAAAAGAAAAUAAAGUUUAUAAUUAUAAAAAUGGAAUGUACAUCUUAUAUAUACUGUAUAUAUACCAUAUAUUGUUGAUGCUGCCAGAUAGAAGCAAAGUAUGU